GGCUUGAAACUCCAGGGCUAAAAAGGAGUCCCACUCCGGCCCUGCUCAGAAUUCUCAUUUUUAGAUGAAAUGAUUCUUUUCAUUAAAUUUUUUUUAACUAAUAAAAUGUUUAUACAGUAAAUAUCACCAGAUUUUUCAUGGCUCUGCAAGGUUAACAGUUACAGUCAUGGUUUAGAAAGCACACUGUAGGUUUAAAGUUUCACUUUCAGUUUUGCAAAUGAAGAGUGGAUGUGAAUUUGCAUGACAUGGCAGAAUAACGGUGAAGCAGCAGUUUUUGUGAAGGGGUCUCUGAGAAACAACAACACGCUCAUUCAGAGCUUGUUUAUGAACAUGUCAGAAGGUAGGUUAAGCAUUAAUAAAUUCGAAAAAAACUGCAUAUAUCUAACUAUUUAGGUAAUGUAAAGAAAACGUUUAUCCAAAAAAUCUCUUGUAUUUCCUGGUCCUUUACCGUGUUGUACACCUAAUGCAUUGGUAAUACUUUCAAUUCAUUUCAAAAACACUGCCACACAGGUGCAAGCUAUUCUGAUCAUUUCUUGUUUUGAUUCAUUAUGAUGGACCCUCUAAAGAGCAAGCUAGUGGUGAGAGCAUGCAGCUCAGUGAGGAGCAGCUGUGUCAGAUAGAGAAGAACAGACGUGCUGCACUGCAAAGACUGGCCAGCCGAAACGUACCUGUGCCUGUUGGAGAAAGCUGGAGAAGACACAUUGGGACUGAAUUUGCAAAACCAUAUUUUACAAAACUCAUGUCUUUUGUUACAAUUGAGAGGAAAUGUUCUACUGUUUAUCCCAGCCUCGAGCAGGUGUUUUAUUGGACAACUUUGUGCGCAAUUGAAGAUGUAAAAGUUGUUAUUCUCGGGCAAGACCCCUAUCAUCAUCCAGGACAGGCCCAUGGUUUGGCCUUCAGUGUGCUGAGGCCAAAAUCACCUCCUCCCAGUUUGGAAAACAUAUUUAUGGAGCUACAAGAAGACAUUGAUGGAUUCCAGCACCCAGGACAUGGAGACCUCACAGAAUGGGGUAAACAAGGUGUAUUGCUGCUAAAUUCUGUGCUGACAGUGAGGGCUCAUCAACCCACCUCUCAUGAAGGUCGAGGCUGGGAGAUCUUCACAGAUGCUGUGGUCCUGUGGCUUAGCAGGAACCUCAAAGGCCUGGUCUUCCUGCUUUGGGGUUCAUAUGCUCAGAAAAAAGGCAGAGUCAUUGACAGGAAACGUCAUCAUGUUCUUGAGACUUCACAUCCAUCACCGUACUCUGUACAUUUAGGCUUUUCUGGAUGUAGGCACUUUUCUAAAGCGAAUAUGUUACUAAAAGCAUCAGGAAAGAAGCCAGUUGAAUGGACAGCUCUAUGAAGUAAUAUGCAGUUUGUUCUUUAAAAUCCUUUUUUUGUUGUUGUUAAACAUAUCACAGCUGCAUACAGCUGCAACUAGGUUGACAUUGUGAUCAUCUUGACGUACUAAAACAAUUACAUAACUAUAUAAACACAAUUAAUAAAUGUA